AAAUUAAAGCGGGGGUCACACUGAAUGGCAGGGAGCCGCUGCAUCCGCACAAAAUUCGCUACGCACAGGCUCAGGGUGAAAGCGCCCGAAAGUUGCCGAAUUCCACGGUGGCAUCGGACACAGGAGAAAAGGAAUCAACGAGCACGUCGCCAGAGUCGGCAACGCGUUACUCUUUAUUCACUAGGCAACUUCAAAAGUUAUUUCCUGCGUGGUGGAAGCCAAGCGAGGGCAUGUCGCGUAAAACUGUGGUGAUGUGGACAGCGUUCGGUAUUGGCACUGUCGUCGUGAUUUCCUUCGCAACAACGGCACUUUUACGGAAGCGAAAGAGAGCGAAGGCGAAGCGAGUGAUAGACACGGUAUUGGAACUCCAGAAGCCCUGUGUUCGGAUGAAAGACCCCGAACGUGUGGAAGAGCUUGUCUGCAAAUUGAUUAAAGGGGGUCCAAAGAAACUCCAGGUUGUUACAGAUUUCGACCACACAAUUUCGAGAUCACAUUUCAACGGAAAACGUUGCUGUUCAACUCAUGGAGUCGUUGAAUGCAGUCCGAUCAUAUCCGAGGAGUACCGCCUACAGGCACGGAAAUUGCAUGACAAGUACUACCCAAUCGAAAUUGAUCCUCAUAUUUCAACGGAAGAGAAAAUACCUCAAAUGGUAGAAUGGUACUCGCGGUCACAUGCCAUUUUAGUCAGCUGUGGUGUGAAGAAGUAUGAUUUUCCUAAGCUUGUGGCAGACUCGUCAAUUAUGUUGAGAGACGGCUGCGAGUCAUUUUUUGAGAUGCUGCAUGAGCACCAGAUACCUACUCUGGUAUUUUCUGCUGGCCUUGGCGACAUUUUGGAAGAAGCGCUGAGGCACUUCCAGUGCCACUUUCCCAACCUGAAGUUCAUCUCCAAUUAUAUGCAGUUUGAUGAAGAGGGCAACAUUGUUGGCUUCAAGGGUGAGCUGAUUCACAUGUACAACAAGAACCGGUGUCAUGUGAGCAGUCCUGAGUACCACCAGGCAGUGAAGGAGAGGACCAACAUCCUUCUCUUAGGAGACUCUCUCGGUGACCUUGACAUGCUGGCUGGUAAUCAGCUACAGGAAGUGAUUCUUCGCAUUGGCUUCCUUAAUAGCAGAAUCGAAGAACGCCUUCCACAGUAUUUAAAUAAUUUUGACAUUGUGCUACUCGAUGAUCAAACGAUGGAUGUUGCGAAUGGAAUACUGAGAAAGAUUAUCUACUAGCACAUUAGCUCCAGAGAACAGCAAGAUGGCUGCAAGAGGCUGCCACUACAUUCUUGUCUUGAUGUCACGCAAAGGGAAAAUGCUUCUCGCGGGAGGCUUCAACAACAGAACAUGAAAAGAGCUUGAACAGAAAUAUCACCAACGUGGGAAUUGUCGCCUACGGUAGCUGAUGCCAGCACAGUGCAUGUGAACCAUGCAUUGCACCUGUGGUGAAAAGCUGUGAAAUGUUUGUGGUCACACUGUGUAACAGAACUCUGUAGUGGGACUCCUGCACACUAUGUCUCAGGUUCAUAACUUAAUUUGUCAUCACACGGUUGCAAGCAGCACUUGUGAAUUCAAAUGACAAGAGAUUAUGUGUUCGCACAGUCAACCACACAUUUAAAUCAGUUUGGUAAUUUGUUCUGGUAAUUUAUUUGCUUAGUCUGUGUAAGCCUGUGAAGACAUCUUCUUCCCAUCCUUCCGUAUUUUUAAAGUAUGUUGGUAGUCUAGUCUUACAUUUUUUGAGCUUGCAUCAAACUUUCUAAUGGGCAUGCCUGUGAGCAUGGGUUUGUUUCUUAUGCCUUGCAAUUUUAAGUCUUAGGUUACUUAUGUCUUAUAGUAUACGUGCUGCGUGCUUGUUUGCUGGAAUGGAUGCUUUUAUUUAACUUUUAUAUUGUGUUAAAAGACAGAAAUGUGGUGAAACCGUAUGCCACUACAGCAGUGGAACUUACUAGCAAGUCUUGGUGAAUAUUAUUGUCCUUUUAUAUAGCAGGAGGGGUACAAAGUUUGUUCUCCCCCAUGAAAGUGAUGGGUUUUAUUAAGGUUGUUUUGGUGCAAGGUGAUGUUUUCUGCCUCAUGCAUUUUAGAGUGUGUUUUACGAACUCUGAUGAGGCAAUGUGGUGCAAGUUCUUUUUUUUAUUACUCCACAAAUUUUUAUUGCAUUGUCUCUCGUUUUAAAGGGACACUAAAGUGAAACGACUGAAUUUAAAUUGAUAAAUUGUACUCUGAGAACUCUAAUGUUGGUAAUCUCGCCAUCAUAGGUUUAUCAAUAGAGGAGAAAGUCAAGGUCAUAGUUUAAUUUUUAAACUUCGUACCGAAAUCUACGCGCGUGAAGUCAUGGAUUUCAAAGCUUGUUUUUCAUAUUUCAGCGACAUUCACUCAACAAAACUUCCUGAAACUUGGUAUGUGAAGUCUGUGGCAUCCUCAGAGAACAAUGUACUUCAUUGCUACCAAUUAGGAGCUACGUAGGACCUAGUAGGCGCCAUCAAAAUCAGUGACGUCAUGCCAUUUGGUGCGGGAAUUUUAAGGUGGUGUCGCCACCCGCAUUUUCUUUUUGCACGUUUUCUCGUGGGAAGCGAGGUGAUUUUGGUAUUGUGAAAGAGUAGUUUACUAAUGUUAGAAAGAUUGUUUUUCUCUUUAGUAUCCCUUUAAAUGAGAAGAUAUCCAAAAGCAGCUUCAUAUCCGCUACAGCAUUGACAUUUUCUGUAUGCCUGAGACUUGUUACUGAACUCUUGCAUUUUGUUUUCCUGCAAAAUGUACAGGCUGUUGCAAUACCUGUUUCAUGUGUGUUUCUUCAAUAUCCAUGAAACAUCAGUCAUUCGCGAAAAUAUCCGGCUGUGGCAACUGUGUGACUACUCUGCAGAGCACUGCAGACUAUCUGCCGAGACAUCACAGAAAAAGUAAAAGGUUUCCUUGUUAUACAUGGUGAGCAGCAAGGGAUCAAGCCUAAUCAGUCAUACACAGUGUACUAUCAUGGUUAUCUGUGUUCUCUGUGGAGAAUGGAAAGCAUGCUAAUUAUUCCAAGUAGCACACUAUACAAGCAGGUUGUUCACUAUGGUCUGACGUGUCUAUGUGACCUGCCAUGUCAAGCAUAUACAGGAGCACACAAUUCUUCAAUCUGUAAAGCAUACAUGAUUCGACAAUGGAAACUCUUGCUGAGUAAUGGCUUUGUGGCAUCGUAGGACUGUGACAGCUGUGCCCACUCCACCUGAAGUGCAAAGUGAAACUGCUCAAAACAUAUCUGCCACGCCACACUGAAUUGGGUUUUUAUCCAGCUAUCACCUGAUGGCAAUGCCACUCAAAGAUUUCUCUAGGAUAGGAAGUAUGUUGAAAAGAAUAUAAGUUAUAAUAGAAAAAAAAAGAAAGAAAAUAUUUUUAUGGUCUGAAAGGUAAAGCAUAUUACAUAGAUAAGCCACCUAGAAUGCGCAGUUAGGUAUCAGUAGAAGUAAAAGGCUCGACUGGAGGUUUUCUUGAAAACUUGUUAUCGUAAAAUUGCCAUUCUUUUUUGUCGAUUCCGUUAGUACUGUACCAAGUGAUCUGCAUUGAUGUUGAAAGUGCUACAUAGUUAAGGCAUACUUUUGCAGCAUUCCUAACUAAAUACACUGGAUUGGAGAAAUACUUCAUUGACAACCACUGCACUGGAUUUGAUGAGGUUUAUUGUAAUUAAAGAAAAAGUCAAUAUCUGUUAACUGUAGGAAGCAUAUCUUGCAUUUAGGCUGUCAAUUUUUUAAAUAAUUGUUAAACAUUGUGAAAUUCCAAAAAACAACACUAACUUAGCAGUGAAAUACAAUAUCACAGUUCUGCAUAAUGUGCAUAAUAAUACAUAUGAAGCAGACGACAGUGAUGUAUUACACAUCACUGUGAAAUUUUCUUUGAGUAGAAUUAUUGAGAAAAAAAUACCAUAAACACUGUAACAAUUUCACAUAGCCUGUGAAUUUUUACAUCAAUGUCCGUUCGAGAUGCUCUAAUGCAUGCAAUUUACGGAACUGUCAUAUCUGCUUUAGUUACCAAUUUGCAAUCUUCUGAGAUUCUUUUUUAUCUUGGCAAUCUUUCUGUAAAAUGUCUUGCCCUAAGUUUAAUAACGCUCUCAAACGCAACAAGUUUCAUUCAAAUAAGUUAAGUGGUUCUGUGUUUUACAUCUAUUUGAAUAGGCAGCACUGGAGUUGUCUCCUAUUUAAAGCCUCUUACUCUGCCCUCAAUGAAUCCCUUUUGAGGAUUGGUCAAGCUUGUGGGCUCUGAAAGUAUGUAGUGUCAGUGUGGCUUACAUGUUAAAAUCUAAUGUGAAUUAUAGGGAAGUACAAAAAUGAGCAAUAAAGAAAAGUUCCUUGCAAUACUGCUCCAUGUGCACAAGGUAGAUUAGCUCAAUGCUAAAGAACCAUGCACUACAUGUGGAUAAUUCUGUCUACAGUUUCUACACAGGUUAUUGCAGCUUGUGCCAAAUUGGAAGCUCUUAAUUUGUAUCUAACUUAAUUUUAUGCUCAUCAUGUUGUGUCAACAUAUGUGAGCAAGGUUCAUUAAAAAACUUUUGCUUGCUUGGCUCAAUUUUUAUAUUUGUUCAGAGCAGCAUCUUUGCAUUUGUAUAUGCAUAGGUAUCACAAUGAAGUACACUUUCAUUUGCCAACCUAGGGCUGGCAUAAACAUACUCGGAAAUAAACUGAAGAAGACACGGAAAUUUUGCGAGUUGGUGAGGUUCCAUGGCAAAACUAUAAAACAGCGCUUUUUUAAACACAAGAUGAAGGAAAGGAGGUCAGCGCCGUGUGUGUCACUUCUUUCCUUUAUCUUGCGUUUAAAGAAGUGCUGUUUUAUAGUUUUACCAUGGAUACUUGGAAAUACUGCCACAAGCACAUUAGAGUGCCGUGCUGGCUUAAUGGCAAGGUUUGGUUGCAUUGUCUGUGAAAAUUAUGCUGCUUUGACUUUUCCUUAACUGUAGCGAAAGCAUUUGUUUUAGCUAUUCACAUUUAUGGCUUUGCACCAAAAUUUUUGCUAUUCAUUUCUUCUCGUUCGCAACACUAUAUGCAGCUUAUAUCCCACCAUCCUUGCUGUAUAUACAUGUUUUGUAACUAUGUGGCAAUAAACUUCAACUUCGUUCAGCUUGAA